ACGUCAGGAGAACUUUUUUUUUCUCUGUGUCAAACUCAUCUCAUCAUCAUUGUGUUCUCUGCUGCUUAUUGAAAUGGAAAAUUGGAGAAAAGACCAAGGGAUCAGUAAUCAUCAAGUGGGUCAUUGGAAAUCCUCAUCAUUGGAGACACAUUUGGAUAACCGGCAUAUGAAUAUGCAUUCCAAUGGGAUGAACUGGGUAGACUAUGCUAUCAAAGAGGCAUUUGACGAUGAAAAAUUCAGGUUUUGGGCUGACAACAACGGCUUUACCUGCAACAUUCCAUUGCCCGAUCCCAACAUGUACGUUAACGAUCCACAUCACAAUCAAGAUUUGGAUAGAGAAGUAGAGGCAAGAGAUAACAUGAAAAAAAGGGGCCACGAGGCUUUGAUUAUCGAUAAUUCUCAUCGUUUGAAACAGUCCUUCACAGGUCUUGGAUGGGGACUCGGACCUACUGGAUGGGAGGAUGAUAACAAAGGAGUAAUAAAAUCUCCCGAACCAAGCUAUGUUGCUGAAGGAUGGAGAUCAAAGGAGUACACUGGUGGUGAGUUGCAUGACAUGUAUCAAGCAAGAAAUAGUGGGAACAGAAAUUGGGGAACAUGGGAAGGAAAUAACAUAAGCACAGAAAAUAGCAUGUCAUGGUCUAAGAACGAUGCAUAUCAGCAUGAUAAUAAUGAGUGUCUAGUUCGACACUAUGUAUCAAUGCUUCCUACUGAAAAACUCCUCCGACAAAAACUACUAUUGCUUUGUGGAAUAAAUUCUAUUACACCUUUGGCCAGAUCACUAAUGAGUAAUGUGGUAGAUUAG